CGCGUCACUCAAUCGGCUCUCGCGCUCCGACACGCGUGCGACGCCGCCGCUGACGAAAGACCGAAGACACGACGACGACGACGUCGGCGACCGGAGUGUCGUAUCCGGCCGGAGCUUACACAAGCCCCGUUCGUCGUCCUAUUCUACCGGUCUAGACGUUUCUCUCGUCGAGGCGGAAUUUUCUUUUGAAAUUCGUACUCGUACGUACGUACAAACGCACACUCACACACACAGACACACACAUACCUACACACGCACACACAAGCGCCCAAGUAUAAAACGCGGUCGCGUCAAGUCACCGCAGACGACGCUGUCGCGGGACCCGCACGCUUUGUAUUCAUUAUCUCGGAUGAUUUCAUCAGUGGCUAUGUUACCAUCAAUCUUGGUGGUUGGAUUUUUUUUACAAAUGCUCAUACCAGUGUUGUCUACGGUCAGUUGGGAAGAUUGGUGGACAUACGAUGGUAUAUCAGGACCGGCGUUCUGGGGCCUGAUAAAUCCCGAAUGGAGCCUUUGCAACAAAGGCCGACGACAGUCACCCGUAAACUUAGACCCAGAAAAAUUGCUCUAUGAUCCUAACUUGACUGAAUUGCACGUGGACAGGCAACGGGUAGAUGGUAUGAUAUGCAAUACCGGUCACAGUGUUAUGUUCUAUCUAGAAAACGGUACCAAGAACCACAUAAACAUCACCGGUGGACCGCUAUCGUACAAAUAUCAAGUGUAUGAGAUACACAUACAUUACGGACAGCAGGACGAAAUGGGCUCCGAACAUUCGAUCAAUGGUUAUUCGUUUCCGGCAGAGCUUCAGAUAUUCAGUUUCAACUCGCAGCUGUUCGCCAACUACUCGGAUGCGGUGCAGAGAUCACAUGGCAUAGUCGUUCUAUCAUUACUAUUACAGCUUGGAGAUUUAUCAAAUCCAGAAUUACGGAUACUCACCGAUCAUUUGGACAUGAUCAAAUAUAGUGGUGACGAAGUUCCUGUAAAACGAUUGUCAGUCGCCGAUUUGUUGCCUGCCACUCAUUAUUACAUGACGUAUGACGGUUCUACUACGGUUCCUGCGUGUCACGAAACCGUUACCUGGUUAAUACUAAACAAACCAAUCUAUAUCACAAAACAACAAUUGUACAGUCUACGGAGCCUGAUGCAGGGCAGUAAGAAAAACCAAGGUAUGGCGCCGCUGGGCAACAAUUUUCGACCACCUCAACCGCUGCACAAUCGGCUGGUUCGCACCAAUAUCGAUUUCAACCUCAGAAAGGACGAUGAGAAAUACUGCCCAAGCAUGCACAAAGACGUAUACUACAAGGCCAACGACUGGAAACCGCACUAAUAACGUACCUGCGUAAACAGAACGCCGCCGCCAUCGUCGUCGUCCGUCGAAACAACAACAUCCGUUGUCGAGCGACCCGGUUGACAUUCCAGUAUACAUAUUAUAAUAUAAUAUUAUUGUGUAAAAUAAAUUAUUUAAUUAAGUAUAAAAAUAACUGAGAAAAAAACAAAUGGUUCGCCGAAAGUCGACGAAAAAACUAUAAAAAAUAACCGACUCUAAGACUCCCAGAGGACCCUCUCACACUUAUCAUUCUCUCUCUCUCUCUCUCUCUCUCUCUCUUUCUCUCUCUCUCUCUCUUUCUCUGUCUAUCUAUCUUUCUCUUACGCCAUCUCUAAAUCUCUUUCUUUCUCUAACCCUCCGAAUAGAUUAAUUUCGGCCCGAGCUCGCGUCUCAUUCCGGUAGUCACAUCACCACACGAUAAUAAUGUUAUCCGUUCCGUCUUCAGUUCGGUUUCGUUUCGACGACAGUCGUAAUAACUAAUAAUAAUCGUAUGAAAUUUAUGAUAUCAUAUAUUUUAUGAAUGAAAAAGUCCCGUGCUGUUGUACUUGAAAAUCGGUACCACAAACAAUUCUUCUAUAUUCUAGUGCACCGUGCAAGAGCAGAGGAGUACCUUAGGGUCGGAUUUUUUUUUGUUAUUUUUGUUGCGUUUUUCAUAUUUUUUUUCAGGGAUAAUAGUUGUAUUAAUAAUAUAUAUGUCUUCGGCUCGAUAUCGGGAGGUUCUUGAAAACAGAAUCUUUCGCAAUACGCACGUUCCAAUAACUAUAAUGUUAUGGGAGUAAAAAAAAAACGCACGCGAAAACCCUCGAACGAAACAAUAUACGUAGUGUAGCCAAUAAAAUAUAUUAUAGUACCCACCUACCUACCUACCUAUUCUAUGCAUACACGCCGACGACUUGUAUAAAAAUCGCUCUCAGUUUUUCUGACUUUUAUAGAUUUUGCAUUAGGACACGUUGUGUUUAUGGCACAUGAAACAUUUUCCAGUAUAACGUCGUUCCGAAAUAUGUAUUCGUCAUUAUGCGAAAUUUCUCGCUCGAAUCGUAUUUCUUACUAACCUUACGCAAAACGUUAAUGUUUGCCUUUUUUAAAUAUUUUUUUAAUUUUAUUACUAAUCGAACGGCGCCGCACGAUUUUCCGUAAAUAACAAGUUAUUAAGUGUCAGGCGUGAUUUGAGCUUUUUAAUUUUUAUCCUGUAUAUUUAUUAAUCUAUAAUUAUUAAAACCUUAUAUUAAUAGACGGAUUUAUUUUUUCAAAAAAUAUCGGAAACUUGUUUUAAAAAGUCGUGUUAAUCUUAUAAUCCGCGUGACUUAAUAUAAUAUUAUUUUAGUAAAAUUAUAUGAUAUAAUAUUAUUACAAUAUCGUAUAUUCGUAUAACUAUUUAGAUAAUAAAUAACCUCACAAGUCACAGUAUAACGGUUUGUGUUCAUUAAAAUUAUAUUCAUAGCCGCUAUUCUCGACGGAGAUAUACCACCUAUUUAAUAAUAGCGAAAUAAAUAAAAAAUCCUAACGGACUUAAAUUAACUUCUAUAUUCUAACUCAUCUAUAGAUUUUUACGAUAUUUAGAGCCUGUUGAUAUCGAGCUGAUUUUGCACUGCGUUAAAAAAAAAAAAAAACAUAAUCAUCUCAUACGCGAAUACAUUACACAUAUCUCCAUGAUUGUAACAAUUUAUAUUUAUGUAAACAGUUUCAGAGCACUCUUAAUUUUGACUGAAAUUCAAUUGGAACAUAUUAUUUUGCUAGCGUCUUAAUUUUAUUGUAAUAAUACAAAAGUUCAUACAUAUACAUUAUGCAUAUUAAAUGGAUAUCUGUAGUGUGUCAAGGUUCCUAAAAUAUGUUGUUAUCAUUAUU